UUUGCCAAAAAAAGACUAAUUAAAUGUUAUGUCACCUGAACUCUGCAUUACAGCAGGAAGAGGCAGAGCUGUACAAAUGUAUAGACUAUACAAAGACACUUCCAGUAGAUUUCAGGCACAUCAAAAUGUCUUCAAUUGGAUUUCACUCAGCAGUGGAGUUUAUUAACAAGCACAGAUCAAGAUCAACCUCACCUGCUGUGUCUAUUCCUGACCAGAAACACAAUGAGGAGGGGGAGAUCAGACCUGAGACUCAUGAAGAGGAUACUAGUGGCAAUAAUACCAGCAGGAAAAGAGAUACUUUUACCAAGUUCCAUGCAUCAAAGAAGAGGAGACUGUCACAAACUCAGUUAGAUUUGAAGAAACACAAAGAUCGCAUACAGAAGGUAAAAUCUCAGAACCUUCUACUUGAUACUGAGAAACAUAAGCUACAAAUGGUGGUGCCUGAACUUGAAUGUCUAGGGAGAUGUGAUGAAUUAGAGUCAAUUGAACUUUCAAGCUUUCAUGAACUAACCAAUGACAUCGUACAAGACGUUUGCAGCUCAGCACUUCGAGUAUAUUACGACUCAAAAUCUUUGAGGGACAACAAAACUGUAUCUGACUACAUUGAGAAGGUGUUCUCUAGUGUACCCAGACAUGUUUUUGAUUUGCUAGACAAACAAUCAAAAGAAAAGAAAGAUAAAGCUCAUGUGCUGAAAUGUACAGUUCUUAGAGCUAAUAAUUUGCCAGCUAAACAAUACACUGGUACAGGUGAUGUUUAUUGCAUAGCUGGAGUUGUAGAGAAAAAGAAUAUUAACUCGAGAGCUAGCAUCAGAAAAUUGAAAGAGGAAGGAUUGGUCAAUCAAACUUGGCAGUCAACAGUAAAGUUGAAGACACUUGAUCCUGAUUGGAAGGAGUCAUUUGAAAUAUCUAUUACUGAUUCACAUCAUCACUAUCUUGUUAUAGAACUAUGGGACUGUCAAAAAGAUCAGGAAGGAUUGGCAAAGUUUUUUCAUAAAGAAGAUCAUUUUAUUGGUCGUUGUACUUACUUGCUACAUGACAUCCCUGCAAAUGGAGAGGAAAAAACACUUGAGCUGAUGUCUAAACGUUUGAGUGGAACUGUCACAAUCUUUUUAAAAAUAAUAGGAAAGACAGGUGACAAAGACUCACAGGAAAUGUAUUUGACACACAAGCAGUUACUGGAGUGCAUCAUUAGCAGUGAAAGUAAAACUGAUGAAGGUCAUGUAGCUCACUGGAAUUGUCAGCUACCUCCAGAAGCCGAAAAACUAUUAGUUCAACAUGGCUUACUCCAUCACAUUCCUCCACUUCAACAUGCAGCAAUUCGACUUAACAUUUUAUGGAAAUAUCACAGAGUGUACAGAAUUGAAGUGAAUGCACUGAAUGAGUUAUUACGAAUGAUACGUGAUCAUGAAUCAGGUGUGCAUCACAGUAAUGAAUCAAGACUGUUUUGGAUACAUCAGCUCUUAAAAGAUCUUGAAGAGAUUAGAAAUCACAUUAUCAAUAUCAUGAAGUCACAUCUUUUGUUUUUCAACAAUUUCAGAACAUUCAAGAGUAUUUCUCUCCUGAAGGAUUACCUACUACUAUUGCAUAGCCUGUAUCAGAUCAAGUUAAUCAAGGUUCAUUUGCCAAAGGAGGAACAUGACUUGAAAGAUGUCCUUACCAAUGCUAUUCAGAUGGCAGUUCCACACUGGAUGAUUCUGUUUACAGCUAACAAGAAACACAACCAUACCUCCUUGGAAAGUUCUCUAACUGAUCUUAAAGAGAUUUGUGCUCAUUGUUUGAGGCAGUGCGAAAGAGCUUUUGAAACAGUUCAUCCAAUCUUUAAUGGAAUUGGUGUUGAUUAUUUCUCGCCUUUUUACUUCAGUUUGCAAAAAAUUCUCUCAGGGGAUGCAGAGAGUCGUCUAAAAGAGAAUGUAUCUAGUGACACUGGUUUGUUGACUUACGUGAUAUACAGGACACUGCAAAGAAUAGUAAAUUAUUCUGACCAAGUGAACCCAGUGUUUCUAAAGAAGCAGAAGUCUUCCCUCUCCAUUACAAAGUUCCAUGACUGGUUUGAAGGGUAUGUUAGUGGAUGGUUUCAUGCAGCAAGAGUUAGUCUGAAGGGAAGGAUGGAUAGGAUCAUUCAACUAGACACUGUUGUUGAAACCAUUGACAAAGCACCUUUCUCAUCUUCUGCUGUUGAUACUCAUGCAAUAUUCCUACAGAUUGUGUCCUAUUGGAAGGAGUUCAAUUGGCCUGACAGAGGCCAGUCUUUGGCUUGUUUAAUUACUGUUGUAGAGAGUCUUUGUGAAUUAAUAACUUACUAUACUCAGAGAAUCAUCUCAAAAGUGAAAGAGAAAUUGGACACUGGUACUUUCACAGACCAUGAUGGAGGCAUCAUAAUCACUAACCAGCUUUGUGUUGCUCUUAACAAUGUUCAUCACGUCAGCUUUGUGCUUAAGAGUGUUAGAGAUGAGCUAGACCUUGAGAGGUAUUACAAGUGGCUGGAUGAAGAGAAGCAACAAGAUGGUCUGCCACUCAGCGAAAGAGCAGACAACAUGAUAACUGACCUGCUGAAAGUUGCCAUAGAAGAAAUGUGGAAUAACAUUGACCAUAUCAUAAUAUUACUUAAAACCAAGCUGUCACCUUCAGUAACUGGAUUUAUACCAAAGAUAUUAAGAGCACCUCUUAAUGCUGAUCCUGAUCAAGUCAUUGAGCCACUCAUUGAAUACAUUACUGACAGUGUAGGUAAACUAGGGGAGCUACUUCUAGCACCAAUGUUCCUAGAUAUACUCCAUCAUUUGUGGAUCAAUAUUGUCGAGUCUCUUUUUCAUUCUUAUGAUAAGAUACAGCACACUUCAGAAACCCGGCCACUCCAUAUUCGCCUCAGUUUUGUCCUGAUUCAUCUUUCUGAUUUCUUUGAAGCUGAUGGAAAAGGCUUGAACAAAAGGAUAAUAGAGUCUGAACAAUAUUUGGCUCUUAAAAACAGCUUGUUUUAUGCUGUUCAAUCAACUGAAGAUAUCAUCAAGACGUUUUGUUCUGAUUUGGUGAGACAGCAGAUUUCCUCUAAAAACGAGUUUGGACAUCUCCACAUAAGUCACAUUUAUCAUCAAACUGAGGGAGUUCUGUCAGUUGAAAUUUUAAUGGCAGAAAAUUUACCAGCUCUGGACAGAAAUGGAAAGAGUGAUCCUUUUGUCCAAGUAUUGCUGCUUCCUCCAUUUGUUUUCUCAGAAGCAAAUAAAAGAAUUCAUAAAACUGAGACACAGAAGGAAACACUUAACCCUUUCUUCAAUGAGACAAUUAACUUGACCACAAACCUUGGAAGUCUCUUAAAAGAUGGCUCAAUACUUGUUCUUGCUGUUUUUGAUCAUGAUACUUUUGGUAGAAAUGAUUUUGCUGGUCUCUGUGCCCUCUCCUGUGAGACAAUACCAGUAGAUCACAAAGGAAUAGAGCCAAAAAUGGAGCACCUGUACCUGUUUCACUAUGAGAAGACAGAGGCAUACAAGGAGCUUGAACUGAGACACAAUGCUGACUCAUUGGCUCAUGAUUUCCUUAAACUCAUGAAGAAGUUUGCAUAUGAUGGACAGACACACACAGGGCAUCCUUUCCAUAGACUACUGCACAUACACUAACACUAGUUACUGCGUGGACCCCAUCAUGUAUUGAUACUAUUGAUACUAUUAAACUGCUUAAGCUGUUUGAAUGCUGGAUCUUUGAACAUUA